AUGAUCUUGAUGCUGGAGAAAUAUCCAAAUCUACUACAAGAAACGUAUGUUUUUGGACAAAAAUUGUAAAUUUAUGCACCCCGUCCCCUCCCCAACACUUUCCACAUAAAUCAUGAAAACUAAAUAAUGAAGCACACAGUACAGUCUGUCCACAUCCGCCACAGUUGUCAUUGAUUGUACAUCAUACAAACUACGAGCCUUCAGUGGUCACGAGCACACUCUCGGCUCGUCGUAUCUUAUCAGUUUGGACAGAAAUCUGGGCCGCUCACGGUCUUUGUGUAUAAAACGUGUACAUGCGUCCAAGAUAGGCUGUCGAACCAGCGGUUUCUGUAGUCAUUUCACUUUGAAUCACCUUCUUUUCUAACGACUUUUUCUUCAAUUUCAGAAUGAGCAGCGAUCUAAUUGUCGAGAACGUUCCGUUGACUAAGGAAUGGCUGGCCGAUCUGAUGGAGAAGAAGAUUGGUGUGAAACCCAAAGUUGGAACUGUAAGUUGAUGUUUUGUCAUAUAAUAUUUGGUGUUACAACCGCAUGAUUUUGGCAGACUGGAAUUUUGGACAAUGCGGAGUUAGGAUACAUGUCGAUGAUCCGUAAAGUCGAGCUUCAUUUCGACGCCGAACAGGAGGAGAAACAUCAGAAUCUGCCAAAACACGUGGUUUUGAAGGUAUGCAUUUGAAUUUUAAUGUAGUUGGUAUUUGAAUUAAUGAUGAACGGGAAAACAUGGAAAAAACUGUGCAUCACUGUGAAUCAUUUGUAUAUGGAAAAAAACUAGAAAAUGAUAGGAACAAUAGAAAACAAACCGUAUUUUUUGUACAUUGAACAUAUCACAAUACAUAGUUCAAUCGAAUUCCAACUUUGUAAAGUGCAUUGCAGUUCAAUUUUUCUUAUCAGUUUGACGUUGACAUAAUAUUAUUGUCCAUAAGAGUCAAAUUGAAAUGACGUUUUUAGAUAGAAUGGUGAACUUUUAAAACUCCACACCUCAGUUUUACUCAAAAAACAGUAUAAGUUACCGUCAAAAAGUAAUAUUCCGAUCCCCCUUGCCAAGUGUUAUUCAUUCUUUUCAGAUCGCCUGUAGUGCCAAGGGAACUGAUGUGCUCGAAAAUGCCGGUGGUGAUGUUGGAGAUGUCCGUGACACCGCCGCCGUCGAGCAGUUCAUGCACAAUACCGAGUGCGACUACUACACCGUCUUUUCUCAAUGUACCCCCACCAAAUUGCGCGAACAUUGUUCAAUUCUUUCAAUUCUUAGUGUCCGAGAAGCCGCUGAACGUGCCAAUUGUCUACUGUGCUGCCAAGGCCGGUGACAAGACCGCGCCGAUUCCAGUGAUUGUGAUGGAAAUGUUCGACAACUGCAAAGUGUAUGAUCUUAUCGAAGGGUUUGAUGAGCCGAAGGUAAGACUGAUAGAGGUGUACAGAACAAAAGAGAAUCAACAAGUUCAGCUGUACAAGAUCAUGGAUGAAAUUAUCAAACUUCAUGUGUAUUCGCUGACAACUGAGGAAUGGAAGGCUGUUACUCCAGACCCAGCGGUAUUAAUCGUAAUUUCAAUAAAUUGUAUGAAAAACAGAAUAUUUUAGCUUUUCGCUAUGGCGGAAAUUUUCCACGGAAUGAUCAAAACUAUCGCAGAGAAUCUUGCCAAGCAACCAGGAUUGGAUGUAAUCAAUGUUUUCGUUCGCAACACGUUCGAAAAGGACAUGAAGUUCUUGGAGAAAUUUGCAGAGGACUAUAUCCUUGAAAGUGCUGAUUUUCUGCAGCAUUUCUAGACUCUAACUGUAUUUUUUGCAGAACGUCCAUCGGUUCUGGCUCAUGGUGAUCUAUGGGCUCCUCAAAUUCUAUGGGACAAGAAGGAUAACAUUGCCGGAAUCAUUGACUGGCAGAUCUCUCACCGUGGUGGACCGGUAACUACAAGUCUUCAACGCUAAACGUGUCAAUAGAAUUAUUUUCAGAUGGAAGACAUCCACCACAUCCUCUCCACUUGUACAACCGUCGAGACCCGUGAAAGAUUGACGAAACCACUUUUGGACUAUUACUUUGACAAGUUGUCUACUGCCCUUGAGGCAAAGGCAGUCAAGAUCCCAUGGACUAGAGAGGAAGUUGAUGUAAAUUGCAUAUAUUUUUUGGAUUCAACUCAUAUAUUCGUUUUUAGGAGGAGUACAAGCACAGUUUCAUCCAAGGUGCGGCGCUGACCAUCUUCGCCAACGGAUUCUGGUCGAACUCCCCAGUUCUUCAGACUGACGGACAACCAGAUCUCGGCCGAAUUGCCGAAUCGUUCGCUAGAUGCAAAUCUUAUGUCGAGGAGACUGUUCGAGUGCACAAUAUGUCUUAA